UGUAGCAUCAAACACACCAUAUAAGCACCUCCCAACUGACAAGCACUAUAAAUAAAACACAUUGCUCCAUCAUUUCAAAUUGGAAUUAUCAGUUACACACCACACAUCUAACAUAAGCGUGAGUGUCUGUGGGGAUUACUUACAUAAAUAUAUAUUUAUUACACUUCAAAAAAAAAAAAAAAAAAAAAAAAUUAACCACCACAAAACAGAGUGAUCAUGGUUCUAUCAGUGCUAUUGAAUAUUAUAUACCCACCGCCGGCGAAUUUGGCGGUAACAGCAAUGUCGGUAUUCAAUCUUGUGUCGUUGGGUAGUUCCGGGUGGAUGGAAGUUCAGGGGAAGCAUUUGCAGUACGCUAAGCUCCAAAGUGAUAAUACUAACGAAAACAACAAGAAUGUGAAGAUAGUAGAAAAGGCGAAAGUACCGAGUCAACUCGGUAUGUUUGUAAUGUACGCUCCUGCUUGUAUUGCUGGAUUUUCCUCUUUUGCCCUUCGACCCAGUGGCGAUCUCCGGUUUAACUUGGUUCGUUCGGCUGUCACCGCCCAUUUCCUCAAGAGAGUCUUGGAGGUGCUCUUCGUUCACAAGUUUAGUGGGUCGAUGGAUGCGGAAACAAUGGUGACAGUUUCUCUGAGUUACUUAUUAUCCGCAUCGACAAUGAUCUACAAUCAAGAAUUGGUGGAAGGACUCUCCGAACCGGUUAUUGAUCUUAAAUACGUCGGGAUUGCGAUGUUUUUAUUGGGAAUUGGUGGUAAUUUUUAUCACCAUUUUCUUCUAUCCAAACUGCGAGAAGACGGCGAAAAAGGGUACAAAAUCCCGCAAGGGGGCCUCUUUUCUUUGGUGAUAUGUCCGCAUUAUUUCUUCGAAAUUCUCGGGUUUUUGGGAAUUUCUUGCAUUUCACAAACACUAUACCCCUUGUGUUUUACGGUGGGAUCAACUUUCUACUUGAUGGGGAGGAGUUAUGCCACUAGAGAAUGGUAUGAGUCUAAGUUUGAAGAUGAUUUUCCCAAAGAAAUCAAAGCCAUGAUUCCUUACAUUUUCUAGAUGGUGACAAAGAAAGUAAGAGCACGUAAUAGCUCUUAGACUCAAUAUUGAUGUUUCUAUUAUAGGUUUUAAUGUAUUUUUACAUAAGACUUGUUUUACAAUAUUUAUAUUGCUGUCAACCACAAUAAUAUUAUUUUUUUUUUAAUUUUUUUUAUUAUAUUUGCCUUUGUAAUAUUAUUAUUUUUUUAACUUUUUAUUAUAUUUGCCUUUGUUGA